AUAAAGCUAACAAGAAAUUUUCUGACGUAAUAUGGCGAAAAAUGAAGACUUUAGAAGUAGACGGUGCAGAUUUCAAAUGGGUAUUGAAGAUGAUAAAGAGAAGAUAAAAGCGCCUCAUGGAAUGAAGCCUGCUAUUCCAGCAAAACCUAUUAUUGGUUAUUCUACUGAUCGAUUCUUCAAAAAACCUAUACCAAAAGCAACCUCUUCCCCAGAAUUACCAGUAAUUUCAAACGUAAAGAAAAGUGGAAAUAUUACAAAUUCAGACCAGACUUUAUCAUUCGGAAAUAAAUCCAUAAGCAACCUAGAAACAAUGGACACAUGUUCUAUAGAAAAUAUGUUUAACAAACCUGUCAUUGCCAUAAAAUCAAUUGCUCCAAAACCUCACACAAACAUUGUUUUUAAAAGAAAUGCCACAGACAUUUCAUCAAAAAUUCCACCAAAUAUCAACAAGCUUGAUGCUGAGGAAUGUAAAAGUAUUCCAAAGUUAAAACUUUUACCUAGUAAAACUGUCCUUGGCCAAAGACCAAAAAAACCUGCACGACCUCUGUUUGUGGAUUUCAAAAAACUUGAAGAAUCAGAUGACAGUGAUACAUAUAUUGUAAUGAAAAGUAACCCAGAUUGUUUAAAACAGACGAUUCCUAGAUUAUCUACAUCCCAGCCAAACCUUGUAACCUCCUCUCCAUUACAUAAGUCUUUGAAGUCAACAGGAGAGGAAGAGGAGGUGUAUGAAAAUAUAUUAAAUUUCUGUUCUGUGAAGAAAGAAAAAUCGGCUUCAUUGCAGAAUUGUGUAAUACCAGAAACUUCCCAAACAGAUGCAGAGGAAAUUUAUGAUGAUGUUGAAUCACUUUCAGAGAAAGUAAAACCACCCACUGAAAAUUCAAGUUCUAAAGCUGAACUAAAUAUUUUAAUAACCAACUGGCGAAAUGACAAAAACCUGAAAAAAAUGGAAAGACUAGAGAAGGAAUUUAGAAAGAAAUUCCAGUUUCAUGGAGAAAUUAAGGUUCUAACUCGAAUGAUGGCUGACCCCAAUGCCAUUGUCCAUAAACCAGGAGAAAAAGACCUUCCUUACACAAGAGGAGAAAUUCUAGAUGUUAUUCAACUAACAAAUACAGACAAAAUAUUAUGCCGUAACUUUGAAGGGAAAUUUGGCUAUGUACCCAGAAAGGCUGUACUUAAGCUAGAGAAAAGUAUGCAGAGUACUAUUGAUGCUGCUGAUGAAAUAUAUGAUGACACAGAGCUGAUUUCCACCACGUUCCCUGCUGUACCUUCUAAACAAAGAUUUCAGCAAAGCUAUGUCACAAGAUUGUUUCAAAGAAAUCCAAGUCAGUUAAGAGGGAAGAGCAUACCCGGCAUGCAAAGAAAAGACAACUUCAAAAAAUCACAAAAUGAAGAAAAAGAAAUGAAGAAGAAAUUUAAGAUUGAAGGAGAAAUUCAAGUUCUGACUCGCAUGAUGGUUGUUCCAAGUGCUGGCAAUAAGAGAGGAGGAGGAAAAGAUCUGCCAAUCAACAAAGGAGAAAUCCUAGAAGUGAUUCAGUUCACAAAUCAAGAAAAAAUACUGUGUAGAAAUAGUAAAGGAAAAUAUGGUUAUGUUAAAAGAAGAUAUGUUUUAGAACCUGAAAAGGAAAUCUAUGAUGAUGUUGACAUCAUAAGUAUGUAUAUGAAUAAUUUCUACAUUCUCACUUUUAAAAUGUUGUUUGUCUUUUAUUUCACUUACAAGCAAUGCAUUUUGCAGUGCCUGUGA